UCGGCCCCAAAUGUCUCUGGGGGUUGGCGGGGCACACCUCAAACGUUCCAGACGAGGAAUACCUCCAGUGUGGCUGCCGUUUCCCGGUUCCAGUCAAAGCCAGAGUCCACAUCAGCUCCUUUGCCGGCCUGGGCUCCGAUUGAAGAUGGGAUCUCUCAGACACAUCGCAGUGACAGUGGGUUUGUGCAGUCUGUUUACAGUGACAAGGGGCUUAGUUUUGGGGAAGCCGAUCCUUCACGCCCCGAAUGUUUCCCUGGCGGGUGAAAUUGAAACCAUUUCCUGCUUUGUGCCUGAUGCGCCGAAGACGGAAGCCAUCUUGUACGAGCUAUACCAGGAAAACAAGGCCAAGGCAUUCGGGGACUACACGGCCUAUGAUGGCCACGCCGCCAACUUCACUCUUCAGGCUAAGCCGGACUACGACGGAAACUUCUUCUGCAAGGCGAGCGUGCAGAACAUCUCCGCCGUGCCCUCCACCGUCAGCGAUGUCCACUACCUCAGAGUGAUCGUGCCUGUUGAAGGGGCGGAGCUUGUGUCAGAUCCGCCAUUGGCCGAGGUCUUCGAGGGGCGUGGCCUGACCCUGACAUGCACCGUGAAGACGGGCACACACGUCUCUUACCAGUGGUCCCACAACGAAAAUUCAACCAGGAUGUCCCAUCAUCGGUCCAGUGGCAACCGCCUGUAUGUGACAGAGGCAACCCUAGAGGAUGCUGGGAACUACUCCUGCCGGGCAACAAAUCAGCUGAAUGAGACUCAGAUUUACUCCUCCAGCGACCAUAUCUUCAUCAGGGUCAAAGUUUCCGUUUCCAAACCUAAAAUCUCGUUGACAGUACAUAAGGAGGAUGAUGGGUACGUAGCCAGUGUGACCUGCCGUUCAGACAAGGGGACCAAACCUGUCAACUUCACCUUCACGCUCCUCAAUGAAACCGGGGCACGGCAGAUCAUUCGGGAGGGGGACCCCCAUAGUGCCUCGCUCGCUGUUCCCGUCACCCUGAACCGAAAGGAGGGGGAGGUGCGCUGUGAGGCAGCCAAUGGCGAUAGGCCGGUGACCAGCGACACGCUGACCCUGGAAGUGGUGGCUGUAAAUGGGACUGUAAAGCUGACAUCAAAUCGCGUGGGGAGUUCCUCUGGUGUGGCUGAGCUCGCUCUCCAUUGCGAAGUGAAGCGUGGGACAUUCCCCAGAUACCACUGGUUCCUGAACGACUCCGGUUUGGAUGUGAGAGGGGACUUCUACAGCAUCCAAGGAGAUGGCCAGACUCUACUGCUGAAGUCCGUCACCGCCAGCAGUUCCGGCUUCUACCACUGUGUGGCGACAGACAGCUUUGACGAAAUGAACAGCAUCAACAGUGAAAAGUUAUUUAUUGACAAGAACGCACUAGCCGGUGUCUCUGCGGGUGUGUUUGCUGUGGUUCUCAGUUGCUUCCUCUUCCUGCUGUGCCUGCUGACAGGCUGCUGUGUGUAUGGAGCCAUAUACAGGCGAAGACUCUCCUCCAUGAAGCCCAGCCCGACCUUUAUCAGCCCAGAAACAGACAGCUUGGAAAGUGAAGAGGAGGAACCGGUUGAGUCGGAGUACAUGGAAGAUAUGGAACUGGUUAAAGCCGCCAACAUAGACUACACAGAAAAGGGUGAAGAGGAGUCUGUGGACGAAUGGCCAGAGAUAGAAAGAGCCCUUCAAAUAAGCUGCAUGGAUGAAGCAGUAACCGUCGUCUAGAGAGAGAUGGAGAUGGGUGGGAGAGAGAGACAGAGAGAAACAGAGAGAGGGGGGUGGGGUUAUCUGAACAUAGGAGUAAUCCUGCUGAGCACUAAACUUGAUGUACAGUAAACAAAUACAUAAAAUCAAAUAAUUGUAAGGUAUGGAUAUGCUUUGGAAAGUCCGAAAGUUUGGUUUGCAUUUAUGUAACAAUAGUUUGUUAAUGUUUUCAUUUUCAUACUCCAAUAGAAAAACUUUAACAAUAAAGUGCUUAAAAUAC